AUUUGCAACUCAGUAGGAGUCUGGCAUGACGAAGGUAAUCUUCAUCAUAAUGGCGGUCGCCAAAGCAGUAGGAUUCCAUGCCGACUAUUUGGCCCCUUGCAAUUCCACAUCACACUUAAGUAAACUCGAUUACACGUAUUGUUUGGACGGAGUCUGUCAAUGUCCGCCUAAUAAGGCCCCGGCGAUAGUUUGGCGGGACUUUUAUUGUCAAGAUAUUGUGCAAAUUGGACGGAUUUCCACGAUUGAAGACCAUCCCUGGGUAAUUUCGAACGCGUCGUGCCUCUCCUCCAAGAUGGCGGUGGCCAAGUCGUGCCGCCAGAGUCCCUGCUAUUCCGGGAUCUUAUUCGAGCUCUUGCGCAGUGCGGACGAGGACGGAAAGUUUCUGGACAAUUGCACAAUCACGGAGGUCAGUUCGCUUGGACGGUUUCAAUCCGGGGCUUGGACGAAGAACUCAAUCAUGGAUCACCUUGCGGCUAAUAAAACUGAUCUGGGGCUAGCCAUUUUCAACGAACCGACCUUAUCGCAAGAUGUUAAGGCGGCGGUCCAUUUCGAAUCCAUCCUGGUGGGAGACUCCAGGUACAAUAUUUCUCUAGGGAUCGCCUUCCCCAAGUCGUUUAAUAAAAAGCGUGCUGACGAAUUGGACAACAGAAUCACAGAGAUGACUGAUACCGGCCGAGCUGGAGAGAUCUUUGAUAAAUAUUUCCUCAAGGAUGGACCCACUCUUUGGAAGAGGGAGAAACAGUUGACGACAUUUAAGCCGAGACGGGUCGUUUAUUGGGUGUAGCUUUAUGGGAAAUUCGUGUCAUUCCAUGAACUUUUCCAAAAUAAAUUGUGUAUGUGCAGAAAUUGGAGCAAUAAAGAAAAUUAGGUGGAUUUGAUGACGUGCUAGCUUUUUGAAAUAAUCCUCCCUUAUAAAA